CGGGAUUUUAUUGAUCUGUGACGGCUGAGCCGAGUAUUACUGACUAACUUCAGGUUGUAAAAUAUGUUCUAUCUUUUUACGUCGAGGCAUUAGGCGUCAGGCAAAGUAAAGUAUUAAAUCAAUACAGAGCUGUUCACGACAUGGAUUUAUCUGUUGCACUACCUUUCGGAGAAGGGGCGACGGAGAACUUCAAUUCGUUCAGCCAUAUAAUAGACAUAGCGGGCCUAUCACAGUCUCAAUCAAGCCCAAGUCCCUCCAUUUCCAGCGAAUCUAGCGGUAUCGGGUCGCUAGGUUCCCUCAAAUCGGAAUCCGUAAAUAACGAUUCCUUACCAUCUAGUCCACAUACAGAUAAGAAAUUAUUUGAGGGUUUUGUGCAGCCCCAGCCACGUCCCAAAGAAGACCAAAAUGUUAAAGUUAUUUAUGGUGGUCGAGACAUCCUCAAUCUGAUGGGUAACCUUGGUGACUCCCGAUGGAACUAUAGGGCCACAGUUCUGCCUCCAAACAAUCCUGCUCUAUUUUUUGCCAACCGCUCACAAUAUCAUCGCCUCGGACCAUUUGGAACACGCACACAGUAUGUACAUGAUUCUUGCCAAGAUUGUGGUUUUUCCUGGGUUGUUGCAGCCAUAGAGUAGAGCAACAAUCAAUCCAAACAAUUAACAUCAUACUGGGGUACAUCAAGAUAUAAUCAGUAACAACCGGUUCUAACUAUUGUAAUAAUUAUUAUAUGAUUUAUUGUUAAUUAAGAAAGCUACUAAGUUGCUGAACCUAUUCAUUUUUGAUAAAAUAUAACAGAUUUUGUAUGAAAGGUCUAGAAUAUCCUGAUGUACCUCGGAAUAGCAGUUGAUGACUGUGGAAUAUGUGUUUAUCAUCAAGUGAAUUUGUAGAAUUACAUUUAAAAUGUGACUUAAUACUGUGAUGUUAUUUUAAUCAAUGCAAUUUUUGACAUGUUCUACAAACACAUGAUGGUUUAUACAUUUUCAUUAACCUAUUGUUGUGUGUGAUAAUGUUAAGCUUAUUUAAUAUUUAAAUUAUUUAUUAUUAUGUUAGAAGACCCACAAGAUAUUAAUUCAGCAUUUAGACAAUGGAUGGAAACUCAAAAAUGACAUCAAUUAUUGUUAGAAAUACGAAAAUUUUAUAUUGCUAAAAUAAUUUAGUUCCUCUUAGAAAUUUAAAUAAUUUAUUGUCCAAAGAGUUAAUUUAAUAUUGCUUUACUGUAUCUUAUUGAUAUCUGUUAAUUGUUGUAAUUGGCAUUGCCCAAUAGCUCAUACUGUUGAUAUUUGAACUAUAUUACAUGCAAUAAUUAAUGAGCUCUUCCCACCAUUAGUAACAAUUUAUUUUAUUGUUUCAUUUCCAUUAUAAUGUAGUUAUUAGAUUUUGUAAUGUAUUCCACAGUCAUUUGUAGUUCUAUUGGUAUAAACUUAGGAAAGGUUCUUCUUGUCAGACAAACAAUGAUAUUGAUGAGAAGGCACGAAUUAAAACUCAUUAGUAGUUAGAUAAGGUCUACUAAUUAGUAUUUGUUGGAUGUACCGUCCUUGCAUUAUGCUAUUAUAAUAAUUAGCAACAUUAUCAUAGUAUUUUGACAAUUCCAUCUUAUCUUCCUAUUAAAUAGCAUUAUGAAGGAUUGAAAAUAAAUGAAUAUUGCAAUUGGUGAUCAGUGCAUAUCAUCACAAAUAGAACAGUGAUUAGUAUUAGUAGUUGUUACAGACCGUUUUAAAACGUUUGAGUCAUUUUCAAGCUCAGAUACUGGGCUUCUAGUGAAAUUAUAAGUAAGUGUUGUUAACAGACUGGUAAUAUCUCUAUGUAAUGUAUAUUAUCUGUGGUCUCUAUAUCUUAGUCAAAAUAUUUAAUAGUUGGAGUCUCGUAAUUAUGAGUAAGUAAUGCUAAAUGUGUUUAUACUAAUUAAUUAUGAUCAAUUGUCCUUCUGUGCAACAUUAAUUCUGCUAUAUUGUGAUCAGCUUUAUAUUGGGAGUAUUUAUGUACACAAUAAUUCUACAUAUUUCUCCACAGAAUUAUUUUUAUAAUAAUGUUAGUAUGUGACAAUACAGUACUUAGUCGAAAAUUUUAUUUACAUGGUUAUUUAAUGUAUUGUUUUGUGGUUUGGCCAAAUUUUUUAAUGGGACCAACAUCCAAUUUCUAAAACAUUGUUUCGGUCUUAAUUUUAGACUGUUGGUAUCAAUCAAUUACUUUUUUGAAACAUGUUGUAUCAUUAUCAAAGUUUACAUUGCAUUUUAUCUCUCUUAUCUCUUAAUUUAUUAUCAGAUGACUCAACUAGAGCUGAUAUAGAUUCUCUUUCUUCCUUGAAUUUAAUGGGCUAUGAACUAAACAUUAAGAUAUAUAAUUUAGUGAAUAUAACACAAAAUUAGUAAUAAAUGUAUGUUUAUUGUUCAGUGGGUCUUCACUGAACAUAUAGCAAAGAUCUCAGAAUGCAGCUUUCGUAAUAAUAUAAUUUGCCUAACGGUUUUCAUCAUGAACUAGCAACAUAUGGAUGUCUGAAUGAACUCAAGUGCUUGUUAUGAUUAUAUUAGAUCAAAUGUUGCAUUCAGGUUAAUUUAAGUUAAUGUAAUGACAAAGUUGAAUCAAAUGUAGUGCAAAAUAAUAUUGAGUGGCGAUACGCACAUUAAAUAAAUGAGCUUUUGUUGUGAAUGUUUCCAUAAGAUUAGGGUUAGUUUCCACCGGCCCGCAGUGGCUGUCCACCGGCCGAAGGCCUGUAUCAUUGACGGAGUGAGGCCAAGGUGUGAUGCAAUAUUUGCAUUCCAGUCUUUUGUUUUUCGUUAGAAGUGGUUGUUAAUAUUUAUUUAAUCCAUAUUGCCAAAUAUUUGGUUGUUGUGCUUUUUAUUGACUUCAGUUAUAAAUCAUAUAUGAUUGAGUUAUCAAAUUAUUACCUUACUUUUUUAUAAUGUUUAAAUUUUUAAUCAUUGAUAUUGCAUUUUAUUUUGUUUAGUCAAAUCGUAGACGUAUAUAUUAUUCUUGUUUUGUAGUUGUUCAUUCGUAUUUAUUAUAACUCAACGAAACUAUAGUCAAAUGACAGUAUUUUUGUAAUGAAAAUUGUUUGGGGAUGAAGGGUAUACGAGUAGCCGCAGUGUGUUCGCGGCAAGCUCCCCGUAUUACGUUAUCUGAUAAGAAUUAUGUAGGUUUAGCGAAAUAGAAUUAACGCGGGGAUAUUUGGGUCUCGUGUCGGUGAUAUCACGCGCCCCUCGCGGCGCUAAGCUCAAUAUUUAGUAACCCUUAAGAAAUACCUCUUUAAAAAGAACAUUAUAUAUUACUAUAUCCAAUCAACUAUCAUAAUAUAUGUAUUACCCUGUUUAUUUUGAUGUGAUAUCUUAAAUGACUGAUCUGAAUUUAGUUUUAAGUUGUUGACGUGCAGUGCUAUUUGAGUAUAAUAAUUUUUAAGGAUUAUAAAGUGCCAAUGCUCGCUGUUCGAUCCCGAGCCGUUCCUCUCCAGAGUACUCCCGGAUGGAACAGCUUGUCUUCCAGGACGUGCUCGAACUGCAGCUGAUAAGCUAUCUUCCAUUGAGUUCCAUAUCGUUACAAGAUUGACAUGAAACUUGCACAAUCUCAGUAAUGCUUGCAAUAUUACGUUAGAAUUCCUCAUUUAUUUAAUAAAGCGUAAUUUUAAGUACAAUGUGAAAUGGUGUAAUAUCGUACUAGUAUCAAAUUAGCCGAAGAUGUUAAUGUAUUAAGUAAGAUAUGAACUUAGCUUUGUGUAUUUGGGAUGUUUUAGUGUUUAGUAGUUGUGUAGCGGUGGCUUAACGCUCGCAGGGCGGGGAUCUGAAUGGAUUUGACUGUAAUCUGUGGCAAUAAUACUCUAGAACCCUGCCAGAGACGAUAGAGUCGCUCCCGCGGCGUCAACCGACCGGUACGCACUUUUGUUGUAAUUAUAAUAAUAGCCAUAGGUAUUUGUCGUACUUAAUAAUUCUUGCGAUGCCUUAAUUCUGGUUGUCAAUUAGACAUGUCUGCCUAGCAUUAUCUCAUUUAAUUUAUUUAGUUUCGCUGUUCCGGCCUCCCGUGAACUUCCAGUCCAGGCUGUUCUUAAUGAUUCAUGAUUUUGAUGUGGAUUUAUUUAACCUAAGUGUUCUUAUUAAAUGUUACCAAAAUGUUUUUAAUAAAAUAUUUUUAUAUGUAA